GCGGCUUCUCCUAGCUUCCCUGCCACCAUCCAAUAAUACGCCACCGAACUCCACCUUCUUACUACCAAAUCUCAAGCUAAAUUCUAUUGCCUUCUAAAGGCAAAAUUCUUGAAAAGUGAAAACCCCUUUAUUGAGGAAACAAGAAGGCGGAAAAAGAAAAUUCUUGAACCCUCACCCAAUCUUCAAUGGCAGCUCUUCAACUGCACCUUUACUUCCUUCAUUCUGCUCACACCCCAAAAGGGCCAAAACUGCUCCAUUUCAAGAAUCCCGUUUCACUUUCGUAUUCAAGAAAGCUUUUAUUUCACAAGAGAAUAUCUGGGUUCUUGGAUUCAAGCUAUUUUAGAGCGAACUCCGUUAACGGGCCCCACUUGUUGUGUUGCUUUAGCAAGGGAAAUGCAGAAAAUGAGACCCUUUUAGCUAAAGAGCAGGAGUCUGACAGUGAAAAUGAAAGGCCUCCUUUUGAUAUCAACUUGGCUGUUAUUCUUGCUGGCUUUGCUUUUGAAGCUUAUUAUACUCCACCUGAAAAUAUUGGAAAGCGUGAGGUGGACGGAGCAAAUUGUCAGACAGUUUUUCUUUCAAAGUCUUUUAUGCGAGAGAUUUAUGAUGGUCAGUUGUUCAUAAAGCUAAAGAAGGGGAUCAACCUUCCUGCUAUGGAUCCAUGGGGAACAAGUGAUCCAUAUGUGGUCAUUCAACUGGAUAGUCAGGUUGUAAAAAGUAAGACAAAAUGGGGGACUAAAGAACCAACAUGGAAUGAGGAAUUUGCUCUAAAUAUCAAGCAGUUGCCAAACCAGAUACUUCAGAUCGCAGCUUGGGAUGCAAAUAUUGUGACUCCUCACAAGCGCAUGGGAAAUUCUGGCAUUAAUUUGGACUCGCUCUUUGAUGGAGAUCUGCAUGAGGUGCUGAUUGAUUUGGAAGGAAUGGGAGGUGGUGGACAGAUAGAACUUGAGAUUAGGUACAAAAGUUUUGAGAAAAUUGAUGAGGAAAAGCAAUGGUGGAGGAUCCCCAUUGUCACUGAGUUUCUUGAGAAAUAUGGAAUUGAAAAUGCUGUGAAAAAAGUUUUUGGCUCUGAGACUGUGCAAGCCCGCCAGUUUGUGGAAUUUGCUUUUGGUCAGAUAAAGUCACUGAACAAUGAGUACCUUCCUAAUAAUUGGUUUUCAAACAGCAGAGUUGGCAACAGAUAUAUUAGUGAUCCUUCUGCAGAGUCAGACAUGACUCCUCAACCGGAGAGCCGUUCAGAGUUUUCUUCAAAUGAUAGAACUGACGAGGUAGUUGAAAAUGAAACAGGAAAUAAUACAGAAAAUAGUGGUGUGGAUGAUGGCAAGAACUCUUUAACCAUCGAUCAAGUUGGCGAGACCUUAGAAUCAGAUAAACAAUUCUGGCACAAACUUACUGAAACAGUCAAUCAGAAUGUUGUUCAGAAACUUGGUCUCCCUGCUCCCAACAUAAUAAGAUGGGAUACAUUUGAUUUAUUAAACAAAAUUGGUUUACAAUCACGAAAAAUUGCAGAGGCAGGUUAUAUUGAAUCUGGACUUGCCACUCCUGAAAAUCUGGAAAGUGGUAAUGGUGAUGCAAACACUGGACCAAUUUCUCCAGACACUGAUCAGUCAUCUUUUUCAAAUAUGAAGAAGGUGACUCAAGAUUUGUUACAACAAACUGAUGCUGUAUUGGGAGCAUUAAUGGUUCUUAAUGCCACAGUUUCUGAAAUAAGUAAAAGGUCAGGCUUGCUAGGAAAACAAGAUGACAAAACAGAUGCUUCAACAGAAUCUAGUGAACCAUCUGCAAGUCCACCAGAUGGAUUAGUGUUGGAUGAGGAGAAAGCUGAGGAGAUGAGGGCACUUUUUUCAACAGCAGAGAGUGCAAUGGAGGCUUGGGCAAUGCUGGCCACUUCGUUGGGUCACCCAAGCUUUAUCAAGUCUGAAUUUGAAAAAAUAUGUUUCUUGGAUAACCCAUCAACAGACACACAGGUAGCACUUUGGCGUGAUUCAGCUAGGAAAAGAUUAGUUGUUGCCUUCAGGGGAACAGAACAAGCUAGAUGGAAGGACCUCCGGACAGAUUUAAUGCUUGUUCCUGCAGGGUAAUGUCUUUGUUCUACAUAUCUUCUCUUCAUCCUCAUUGAACUUCUAACCAGAUAAAACUUCGAUAACUGAACUUGAAAGGAAGAUUACUGCUUGUACUUUGUAUAGUCGUAAUGCCAAUCAAUAUAUAAUUCUUUGAUUUAGAGAGAAAAUUGAUAUUUUAAGUCCAAAUGUUAACAUAUGGCGUAUUGAACGAUCAGAGAAGGAGAAGCAAUAAAAGUAUUCAUUUUAAUGCAGUGUAUUUUGGUACCAUUGUUUUGUUCAUGCACAGGAAGAGGAAGAAGGAUGAGAGAGAAAUAUCAAGACAUUAGACCAGUUAAAUCUUGUUGCACUUAUUCACACAUUGUUUGACUUGCCUGACUGUUGGGUUCAAGUUCUAUAUUUUGGGCUA